AUGGAUAUAGAAGAGGAAGAUGAUGAAGAUGAUGAAGAUUCGGGUGGAAGACUUCGAAGCAAACAGGACAAUUCUGAAGCAGGCUAUGAUCGCUAUUUCCAGGAUCUUCAAACUUCAGCAAAAACAUCUAACAACACUUUAUCCAAACUUGCUGUUCUUAAUCCGAAAGAAUUCAACGACAUUCUGGCUUCAGCACCAAAAAAGCAUGAUAUUGAGAUCAAAAGACUAUUGAAUGCCCACCGUUCUUAUUUCUCACAGUGGGUCUUUGAGCUUCACUCUGGCUUCAACCUCAUCUUCUACGGUUAUGGGUCCAAGCGACGUCUAUUAAACGACUUUGCCCAGUCUUCUCUAUCAAAUGGACCACUCAUUGUAAUCAAUGGCUUUUUCCCUUCAAUUAAUAUCAAAGAUAUUUUGCUCAAAAUCACUUCCGGUGCCCUAAAUAUCACUUGCUCGACAGGGCAAGUUCUGGAACAUGCAGCUGUUAUAUGCGAUUACUUUUCAGAUGAUGAGAGAGAGUUUGAUCAUCUCUACUUGGUAAUUCACAACCUGGAUGGUGCGAACCUGCGCAAUGAACGUGCACAGACAGUCUUGUCUAUGCUUGCAAAUUCGCCAAACAUUCACUUGAUUGCUUCUGUUGACCAUAUCAAUGCUGGCUUGCUGUGGGAUAAUGUCAAGGCAAGUCGCUUCAACUGGAUUUGGCACGAUGGAACUACGUAUGAUGAUUACCUGGUUGAAACAAGUUUUGAGAACUCGUUGCUAAUGCGUUCGGGAGAAAUGGGUGGUGUAAGGGGUGUCCAAUAUGUUUUGACUUCACUCACCAGCAAUGGUCGUGGAGUGUUCCGAGUUCUGGCCGAACACCAGCUAGUAGAAAUGGAGAUGUCUUCUUCUGAUGGUUCUGACAACUCAGCAUUGGGGUUACCUUACAACAAAUACUAUCAACUGUGUCGAGAAGGUUUCUAUGUGUCAAGUGAUGCAAGCUUACGUUCACAAUUGACCGAAUUUAAGGAUCACAAAAUUAUUCACACAAAAAGAUUACCAGAUGGUACAGAAGUAUUUUAUAUACCUCUUGAUAAGGCGACUCUUACCAGUAUUGUAGAGAACAUGGCAUAG